AUGAGCGGCGGAGAGCCACCAACACUGCCACCAUUGCCAACAUCAGAGGCCUUAUUCUCACCUAAGAAUUCACCCAACUUGGACACAAUAGGAAGUCCACAGCCGCGGUCAAUUGCAUCGACGCAGAACCAACGCAGCGCCGUUGAUGAUAUCGCUGAUAUUGAGGCAGCCUAUAACGAGCAUGGAGUUAUCGGAGCAUCUCAUCGUGCAUUAGAAGCUUAUCGCCGUAAAGAAGGCAGGAAGGUGGUUGUACGAUUCAAAGCUAUAGGUGCAGCGCCGAUAAUGAAGCAGAAUUUCUAUAAGAUAUCAGACUCAAAUAAGUUUUCUACAGUUAUUCAGUUCCUCAGGAAAGAAUGCGGACUGUCUAAUUCUAAUUGUCCCGUCUUCUGCUACGUCAACUCAGCUUUUGCUCCUUCACCAGACGACAGCAUCGGAAAUCUCUAUAAAUGUUACGGUACAGAUGGUCACGUCAUAGUUAAUUACAGUACAUCAGUCGCAUGGGGAUGA